AUGAUCGAACAUUUCCACGGCCUCGCGGGGUCGGACUCGGAAACGGCCCCAGGGCCAGGCCUGAGGCGCGUGCAGAUCGCCAGGGAGAAGAAGUGGGUGACUGUUGGUGACACAUCUCUACGAAUCUACAAAUGGGUCCCUGUGACAGAGCCUAAGGUUGAUGAUAAAAACAAGAAUAAGAAAAAAGGCAAAGAUGAGAAGUGUGGCUCAGAGGUGACCACUCCGGAGAACAGCUCCUCCCCGGGGAUGAUGGACAUGCACGAUGAUAACAGCAACCAGAGCUCCAUAGCAGAUGCCUCCCCUAUCAAACAAGAGAACAGCAGCAACUCAAGCCCUGCUCCAGAGCCCAACUCAGCCGUACCCAGCGAUGGCACUGAAGCCAAGGUGGAUGAAGCCCCAGCUGAUGGGAAGGAGCAUGCCGGGGCUGAAGACGCUUCUGACGAGCAGAAUUCACAGUCUUCGAUGGAAAACUCGAUGAACAGUUCAGAGAAAGGAGAGCGGCAGCCAUCUGGAGACUCAGGCCCAGCCGCAGAGAUGGCAGCAGUCUCUCAGGUACCUCGAUCCAGGCCUCAGAGGGGCAGCCAGAUCAGCCGGGAGCCCGUUGGGUUGUCGGGGGAUUUGGAAGGAGUGCCGCCCUCUAAAAAGAUGAAACUGGAGUCCUCUCAACAAAACUCCGAGGAGAUAUAGGCACUAAGUGAAAUCCUCCAAUCCGUGUUUUGUGGAAGGUACAUCAGCAAUUAAUUCUAGAACAACUUUGCCCAAGUGAUUCCUCUUGGGUGUGAACAGAACUACUAACGUUUCAAGUUUACCAAGUGCAAAUCCAAGAAAACCUAGAACGGCGUAACUUCUCAGACACUGAAGAACUUUCUGCUGUGAAGCAAAACACUCGAACCUUUAUGUGACUGUCCCUGGGGAGGCGGGAUCGACAGCUCAGGAGUGUCUGCACACUGUCUCGGAAGCCAAGAUUCCAUUUGUGUUGCUGCUGUAGUUUUCCCCACUUCUCUAUUUAACGAUAUAAGCUAUUUGAGGGUGGUACCGAUCAGGAAUUCGCUUUGCGUUGGGGCUUCUCACUGUUCCACCGAUUCCUUCCGCUUUCUUUUUUUGUGCCUUGUGCCCUUGAGGUGACCUCUGGCAUGUUUCCUGGUUGUUUUGCAUCUCCCUUUGCAAAGUGCCCUGUUUUGUUCAGGCGGCAGCUGCCACCAUCCCCAGCCCUCUCUCUUCCCUGCCCAGGACUUCAUUGGAGCAGGCAGGGCAGAGCAGGGGGGCCCCAGCCCACCUGAUUUCCAGGUGCAGGGGGCUUGGGCAUGCCCUGAGCCCUGAGUGGGGUCAGCCCUAGCCUUGAGGACCUGAGGAGUGGCAGGUGCCAGGGCACAGUCUCCAAGGGCUGGCCUUGAGGGCACUGGUUAUGCCCUCACUUCCUCGGGGCAUUUGAGGAGGGGUGUUUCCAAGCCCAUUGUGACCCAGACAGAUUUGCAAAGCUCCUAGAUUUGUCUGGCACUUCCACCCUGCUUCCACAUUGUCACCACCACCUC